AUGACUUCCUCUGGUCGCAAGCACCAACAAUGCCAUAACCGCUCGCGUGUGAUUCAGCCAAUCAGGCGAAGGAACACAGACCCCCCUCGCGGGAGAACCCAGCUUGAACCCGUCAACAGAAAGCAAUAUUUGGUAUCAGUUUACAGACGUAUCUCUGCUGCUACGAACUCAUUAUUAAAAUCCAUCCACGUUCAUUAUUUCACGAUACGCGAGUUCGACUUGCACCGUUACAUUCGAAGACGAACCGUUUGGAAUAUGACUUCUCGUGCGGCGCCGUCAGGCAUCGCUUUAGAUAUUCGACGUAAGCUUGACGCGAGCUACGACAUCGACGGCGAACUCAACGCCAGGCUCUGGAUUGAAGAUGUGACUGGAAUAUUGAUGGACGACCCACCCCCCGAGGUGGAGUCUUUGGAACAACUCAACGAAUGGAGGAUAAACGACAGGGAAUUGGGACCCAGACAUUUCGCGAACGUGCUGAAAGAUGGGAUUUUCCUUUGCAAGUUAAUAAACACGUUGGAACCAAACACUAUAAAAAAAAUCCACGAGGAAAACCUAAACCGCUUCAAGAUGACGGAGAACAUAUUUAACUUUUUAAGCGCGGCAAAGAAGUGGGGUUGCACCGAACAAGACCUUUUCCAAACCGUCGACUUAUACGAAGAACGAAACAUGAACCAGGUCCUUAACGGUAUUUAUGCCGUAGCGAGAAGGAUCCAAGACCGCAUCUCAGACGACAAAUUUCCAACGUUGGGCCCGAAAGAAGCGAAAUAUAGUCCACGCAGUUUUACAGAAGAACAGCUGAAUAGAGGAAAGCAUAUCUGUGCACUCAGGUUUUAAGCACAUCGAGAGUAGACUUAAAGGGAAGGGAUGAGGGUUGUAGGAAUAGCGAGGAAGUCUUAAACCACAGACAUAGUGAUAAUGAUAAUAAUCCGUUGUUCAGAAAAUCCUAUGUACAUGAAUUUAAUCCUUCAGAUUAAGUUGGGAUUAGGAUUAGAUUUAGGAUUAGAAUUGACACAAAUCAACUAUAAGCCGAAUCUAAGACCUAAUCUUAGACCUAAUCUUAAUCUAAUUUGAAGAAUUAUAUUCGUGUAUUUGUGAUAGCUAUACUGAACAUGGAAUUACUAUUAAGUCCUGUUCACACGAUUUAAUUUGUCAGAUCCAUUUCACUUCUGACGUAUGGGAUAUAAUCUGUUAUUAACAAAGCAGUACUGCAUUGGUUUUAGUUGCUUUGCCUCACAUAUGCGUUGCAAGUCAACAGACUAUAAAACAUCCAUCAGAAGUGAAUUGAAUCCGACAAAAUUGGAUCAUGUGAACAGAUCUUUAAGGUCUGUCCACACGAUCCAACUUUGUCGGAUCCAAUUCACUUCUGACGUAUGGAACGUAGUUUGUUAUUGAUAAAGCCGUACUGAAGCAGUGCAUUGGGUUUAGUGGAUUUGCUGUCCAAUAUAAUAGCACAUUGUAAGCCAACAGACUAUAAAACAUCCAUCAGAAGUGAAUUGGAUCUGUCAAAAUUGCAUCGUUUGGACAGACCUUUACAGUGAUGAUCGUCUUACAGUGGUGAUGCUUUCUCGAUUGUCUGAUUGAUGAUAAUUGCAUGAGCUGUGUGUAUAUUGUUCCACUUUGUGUUCUUUGUAAAUUACGCAUCAACGACAACUUCGAUAACACGAGGCAAAGCAAAUGAAGAAGAAGGGAUUGAUGUCUUGUCUAGUGUUCGGAGUUGUCAUUGUUUACAUGAAGAUUGAGAAGUCUUCGGCUUGAAAAUUUGCUUUGCUUCGCACAAGAUUUAUUUUAGGAGGAAUCAAACAUUGUUAAAAUGUAAAAAAAUGAAAUAAAUCCAGGAGAUUACGAGGGGAAAUAAGCUUUCACUUUACCAAUGAGGUAGUCCUUUAUUGAGUUUUCUAGUCCUAGGUUUCCUUCGAGUUCUGACUGGACCUCUACAUACUUUUAAACUGAUAGAGUUAUACCGUUGAUAUAAAGUUAGUUUAGUUUAGGUUUCCUCCUGUAGUAACACCGGAUGAA